UCCGGCUCUACGUACGAAACACUCAAAUAUGAUUGCAUUAAGCGAACGCCGGACGCCAGACAUGUCAAAAAGCAACGGAUCGAAUAAUCCAAGUUUGGAGAGGACUAACAACCUGGAAGGGGGCCCUGGAGGUGAAACCCGUCUCAGUGUGCCCAGCAAUGACACUCACGUUAAACGUAGACCCCAGCAGCAGAAGCCAAGCCGUUCCUCGAGGGGACACGAAGCAAACGUGUUGAAAAAUCUUGUUCUUGGGCUGGAAACAUCGAUACCCGAGCAUGAUGAAGACGAUGACGACCUUACCAUAUGGCAGGCAGCUAUGUUCGGACGACUAGACAUUGUGAAGCUCCAUCUUGAACAAGAUAUUACUCUCAUCAACAAAUAUGAUAACAUCGGUGCCAUGCCUAUACAUUAUGCCGUCAGGUUCAAUCACAAGGCCGUCGUACAAGAGUUGAUUGACAAGGGCGCAGAUGUGAACGGGAGAGUUGCCGAAUACAAGACAUCUGCAUUACACCUGGCCGCCAGAAGAAAUUUUACUAAUAUUCUGAGACGAUUACUGAAGGCAAACGCACAUGUUAAUAAUGGCGAUAUCAAUGGAGCAGUAGCUCUUCAUGUUAGUGCACGGUAUGGCCAUCUAGAAGCUACAGAGAUACUCCUACGUUCAGAUCUGACUGAAGUAAAUAUUCGCGACCAUGAUCGCAUGACGCCAUUUCACCAUGCAGCCACUCAAGGCAACGUGGCCAUGUGCCAACGACUGUUGCAGUUUGGUGCUGAUCUGAGAGCUAAGGAAAUCAACGAUAUCACACCCCUUAUGUUUGCAUCCAUUCGUGGAAAUUUAGAAACAAUGCAGUUCAUCAUAGAAUCAGGUAAAGAAGUUAAAGAAUCCUCUGAGCUGUUCAUGGCAGACGUUGAUGACGAAGGUAGCAAUGCACUGCAUCUAUCCGUUGCCCGUAGUCACAUUAAGGCAGCCGAAUACUGCCUUGACGAGGGCGCAGAUAUUAAUUCCAAGAAAUUUAAUGGCCACACUGCCCUACAUAUCGCCUCGGUCACCGGAAAUGCGGAAAUGGCCUCUAUGCUGAUCUCACGAGGUGCCAAAGUCAAUGCCAAAGAUGAAGAACAAAUGACACCUUUGCAUAGGGCAUCCCUGUAUAGUCGAAUGGAAGUUAUACAAUUGCUGAUCCAACAAGGAGCUAGUUUGGAGACUCAGGAUUUGGAACUGUUUACGCCACUUCUUGCCGCUUCAUGGAAAGGACAAUGUGCGGCCGCUGAGUAUUUACUGCAAGUUGGUGCUGAUAUAUCUGUGAAGGACCGUGAAUCAAAAACCUGUCUUCAUUGGGCUGCUGAGGGAAACCAUUUCCAUUUUGCUCAAAUGUUGCUGGAUAACUCAGGUUCUAUCUUGCUGGAUGAGAAGGAUAAAAAAGACCAGACUGCCACUCAUUAUGCCGCCGAGUCAGGGAACGUUAAGAUUCUUAAUCUACUGAUCAGCAGAGGGGCUAAAAUUGACACGAAGUGUAUAGAAGAGAAGCUGCCCUUACACUCAGCAUCGGAGAAUGGUAGGUUAGAGUGUGUCAUGUCACUUGCUAAAGCCUGUCCCACCAGAAUAAACGAUGACGAGGCCGAUGGGCGAACACCAUUAUUACUUGCCAGUGCAGAGGGCCAUGCCAAAGUUGUUCAACAUUUGCUGAGAGUUGGAGCUGACAUUGCAAGUCGAGACGAACACAGGCGUACGGCUCUCGCCAUUGCUUCUAAAGAAGGACAUUCAGAUGUAGUUAAAAUUUUAAUAAAGAAUCAUGCCGAAAUAGAUGCUACUGACAAAAAUAGGAACACAUCUUUACAUUUGAGUGCUGCAAAUGGGAAUUCUGGAUGUACCAAGAUUUUAUUGGAGAAAGGUGCUGCUAAUCCCACCCUACUAAAUGACAAAUUUGAAAACUGUUUAGAUAUUGCCACAUCUAAUCUCCAAGAAGACGCAGCAGCCGUCAUUGUCAAUCACAAAAGGUGGCAAGACGUAGUAUCACAGAUCGGUCCAGAUGGACACACGUCACUCAACAGGCUAAUAGAACGUUUGCCUGAUGUAGCUAUGUUGGUUUUAGAUAAAUGUGUUCGAUAUUCACACUCAGAUAGAACCAAUCCAAACCUCAGGAUAACAUAUAAUUAUCAACACAUCGACCCCGGACCGGAUUCUCCCUCAACUAAACGAUUAAACAAGAGGUGGUGCGCUUUAACGACUAUGGUUAAAUAUGGCCGAGAAGAUUUGCUCAGACACGACCUUUGUAGAACUCUUUUAAAUUACAAAUGGAGAAAAUUUGCCCGUUGUCUCUUCGCUACUGAUUUUUGUCUUUAUGUGCUGUUUCUGGCUACACUUACUACAUAUGCAAUGUCAACUGAUCACAUCCUGGUACAGAAACUGGAUAGCCAUGGAUGCCCAUUGGCACCUGGCACUAAUGAAAGUGCAUAUUAUGAUUCGAGCGGGAAAUAUAUAGGAAAUGUUGAGUUAGAGUGGCAUAUAGCACUCGAAGUUUUUAUAUGCGUGUACGUAAGUUGGAAUGUAAUACGGGAGCUAAUAGAAAUUUACAAGAUGGCAUUGGUGGUUAUUCUAUUAUUCAUUGUAGCAUUUGCUGCUGCCUUUCACAUGCUAAUGCGAAAACUGGAAGUAUUUUCUACGCCUGUGGAUUCAGCAAUGAAAGUUCUUGUUAUGACCAUCGGUGAAUUGGACUACACAGAUAUGUUUUAUGAUAUAGAUCUCGAACCAUUUGCAGUUGCCUCUCAAGUCCUUUUUGUCAUCUUUCUUUUUCUGAUGCCAAUCGUGUUGAUGAAUCUUAUGGUCGGUAUUGCAGUGGGAGACAUUAAUUUGGUACAAGAAACAGCAUAUGUUGAGAAGGUCGAAAUGCAGGUUGGUCUAAUAGGCGGAAUUGAACAAACAUUGCCAACAUGGCUGCAACGGAAGAUGUAUUUACCUAAAUUGGUCAAACAUCCACAUGUAAAAACUGGUUGGAAGAAGAUACAAAGCAGAUUUUCAAAAAGGAAAAGCAACGUUAAAUUAGGUGACAAUACUCGCGACCAACCUGAUGACACAAUUGAGAAUUUACAAGAAUAUGUUGAAGAUUUCAAACAUGAUGUGGAAUCAAGGCUCAAGGUCAUGGGUCAGAUGAUGGAACUUCAGGGCGGGUUGAUGCAAAAGAUGGCUGAGAAAAUGGAAGUUAUUUUUGACGAAGCUGACUUCAGAGCAAUGGAAGAUGCUUUGGAUUGA